GAUCUAUUUACCGCAAUGUAUCGUUAUUUUCUUGUUCUUGUCUCUUUGAAUGCGGUUUUUGCGGUGCCUUUGGCAAAUAUACAUGAAGUCGGGCGUAUUGUUAACGGUACGCAGACUACAAUAGAAGCCCGUCCUUAUCAAGUAUCACUGCAGAGGACUGUCGGGGGAAGGCACUACUGUGGUGGUAGCAUUAUCAGUGAAGAUAUUGUGGUAACAGCCGCUCAUUGCGUGAAAGGUGUUGAACCUUCUGACUUGCAAGUGCGCCUUGGCUCUACAUAUUACGAUGAAGCUGGCAUAUUAGCGGGUGUCAAAACUUUUAAGUGCCACGAAAAAUUCAACUUUGCCUCAAUUGAGUACGAUAUAGCGGUUAUAAAAUUGAAUCAAUCUGUUAAGCAAUCAUCGAUGGUGCGUUAUAUUGAAUUGGCAAAGGAAACACCAAAGACGGGUACUCCUGUGGUGGUGUCCGGUUGGGGUGCUACAUGUUUCGCGAAUUGUAACGCUUCCCGUGUUCUAAUGGAAGUCGAAUUGCGCUUUCUGGAACGCAAAGACUGCGCUUCGGAAACUUAUUUCUAUGGCGAUGCUAUUAAAGAAACAAUGGUAUGUGCUUAUGCCGAAUAUGAGGACUCUUGCCGAGGCGACUCCGGUGGUCCUUUGGUCGGCGAAGGCAAAUUGGUCGGCAUCGUUUCUUGGGGAGAAGGAUGUGCUCAAAGGGGUUUUCCCGGCGUCUAUAGCGAUGUGGCCGGUCUAGGUGAUUGGGUUUUGGAAAACGCCAAAGUAUUGUAAUUUAAUUUUCACUCCUACAGUGCGAAUGAGGCAAUUAUUAAGUGAUAAUCACAGAAAUAAUUUUAUCUCUCUGCUUAAGAGUUUAAUAUUAAGUGAAUGUAUUGUGAAUUAAAAAAGUGCAAUAAAGUUAGAUUAGAAGAGUUUUUUUCUUCAUCAUAUUUACUGC